AACGCACAAGCUCUCCGAGAAUAGGACUAAAUGAUAAUGGCGCUACUUAACAUAUAAGUUGUGUCUCAAGCAUUGGAAUGCCAUUGCCCUGGCGUUUAUCAUUUACCUCUUCGCUUUUGGAAGACAAGAAGAGAAAAGGAAAACCCCAUCUUCUUCUACUAACAUGUCUUACCAUCGAAUCCUCCCCAAGCCUGGUAGUUGGGAUAAUGAGUCCCUGCAAAUCGAUCAUACUCAGACGACUACGAACCUUGCUGAAUUUCAGUCGAAAGAUGGUGGCAUUCACAAAGCGUCCAUCUGGGAAAGUCAGGUCGACUUCAAAUCAGAAGCCUUUUCGCGGUACUGUCAAUAUUCCUUUCCUGCGGCGGCGGCGGCAAAUCCAGGACUUCUACCGGCCGCUAUUACUAGGAUAGUAGAAGAGCAAUGGAGGCGGCUUUCCCCGGCGGAAAUGGAGCGGUGGCCGACAUGGGGUGAAUCUCAGAACAACAAGAAACGACAAUGUUAUACCGGAGAUGGGUCUCAGUCGCGGGUGCAGAAUGAAGACAGUGAAACCCGUAGUGGAAGCUCAGCUGAUGGAUAUAACAGCCCAGUGCCAAAUCGGAGAGUUAGGUCCGUGGGUGAACACGAUACAUAUUCACAGACAUUAUUGCCAUCUUUGAAGUCCUUGUCUUGGGGUACCAAUGAUAGUUUUGCCCAUUCCAAUGAUCUGCAUGGGAUGAAGGACUUAACUGAUGCCGGUCCUACAGCAGCGGCGCAUUAUUGGGAAGCGCCUCGUUUGUGCCAGCCUCAGUGUAACAGCAUGGCAAGAGAGCUUAACAGGCUGGAUACACAUCCCGUCGAGGCUCCUCCAUCUUCAACCACUGAGGGAUUGAGUGACCAGAGGUUCUCAUCUCUGACAGAUGCUUUUUCCGGGGAACACGGUCCUGAAACUAUGUUUGGCCUUGCACAACCAUCGUCGACGCCACAAAGAGCUAGAGCGUACUUACAACAAAGGCACCCUCAAUCCCAGACUUUAACGGCGACUGGCCCUACAUCUACACCGGAGAUCACGGCAAAACUACUUUCAAUUUUCAAUAAGAUUGGCACAUUAGCAUAUCGUUCACCGCCCAUCAAUCCCGCGUUUCAAAGGAGCGGCUCUAGAGGUCCGGUGAUAUCAGUAGAUGGAGACGAUGCCUUCACCAUAAAGUCGAUAAUCGACUACCUACACAGUACCUUACCCAUUGAAGGAUUCCGCACCCGGGUUUUCAAGGGACCAGAAGCCAGUCCCGGACAUAUGUCACGACGGAAAAACGGACCAAUAGUUGAAUAUCUGAAUAACAUCCUAGCAUGGCAUCCGGUUUCGGCGCAAAUUGUCGACUACAUCCAGCAUCCAUACCGAGGGUUACGGGCCAAAACGAAGCGUGGCGACGAGCUCGGAAACGGGUCGGUGCCGGCCUCGCGCGACGUAGGCUAUCCACUUCCUGUGGCUCUGAUUUCCCGAUAUCAACUUACAACUGUGGAUGCAUUUGCUUGUGAGAUAGCCAUCGACGAUCCAUAUUCACAAAUGAGCCAUCAGCAAUGGAUGGAAUCUCUCUGGCGUGGCUGUGUGGGUCCCGAUAUCGUUGUGUAUAUCCAGGACCACGACAUUCCGGACAUGGGACCAUCCCAGGAGCUCGUCUAUAGUGCGCGCUUACAGGACACUCUUGGAAUUGUCAUCCCGCGUGCUAGAGGCUCUUCCAAAGAGCCCAAAGAGAGAGUUCUGAGACAUGUCGUAUGGGCUAUUGAUUCUAUCGUGAUGAACACUCGUACGCAAUGAUAUGUCAUUGAUUUCCUUCUUUGUUGUAUUUCUUUUAUUGUGGCUACUCUCUUUAUUCUGCAUAAGAAAAGAUGUAUCUACUAGCAUAGUAUACGGGUGCUAUCC